ACCUGCUGUUAGCUGCUACCUUCCUGAUUGCCGGCAAGAAGAGUGGUCACUGAAGAGUGUGCUUGAACUGAUUGCUGGUUAAGCUUCACCAUGGCUGGGAAGGCUGUGUGCCAGAUGGCCUUGGCUCUGGCACUGAUGCUGCCCCUGGCUAAGCCUGCUCUUAGUGGCUGCCCAGGAGCCUGCCGCUGUUCCUUCGCCAUGCUACAGUGCCUGGAAGAAGAUGGCAUCACUAGUAUCCCAGCGCUGGCACCACAGGAGAGUGAAAACGUCACGGAAAUCUACAUCGAGAACCAGUCCAACCUGGAGAAUAUCACAGACCUAGAUCUUGCUAACUACAGAGAGCUGAAGAACCUCACAGUCACAGACUGCGGGCUGGUCUUCAUCUCUGAUAAUGCCUUCCAAAACAACUUCAAGCUCCAAUAUGUAAACCUGGCCAUAAACUCACUUGUGCACAUCAGCUGGAGAGUGUUCCACUCCCUUCCUCUCCUAAACCUAGUUCUGAGGGAUAACCCUCUUGCUUGCUCGUGUGACAUCUACUGGCUACAGCAGUGGCAAAGAAUGAAGCAAGUGGACAUCGACAGUCAGCAGAGCUGCAGAUACAACGGCAGCAGCAUUCAGCUGGACAGCUUUGUGAUGGAGAACUGCAGUGUUCCAGAGGUCACCGUCAAUGCGCCCGUUCGGAUCAUUAAGGAGGGAGGAAAUCUGACAUUUGAGUGCCAAGUGACCGGUGCACCGGUCCCCACGAUUAGAUGGAUAACAGAGCAGCUCCGUUCCAACUGGACCUUGCAGCGGGGGAUAUGGGGCUCCACUCUGGAGCUAGUGCUGCACCUGUGGAACGUGUCAUCUGAAGACAACCUGCACAACCUCACCUGUGAGGCAGAGAACCGAGCAGGCCCUGGAAAGGCCAUGGUGCAGCUCAACAUUGAAUUCCCAGUGAGGAUCCUGUUCUUGAGGGAGGCAGAGCCGCAGCAUCACUGGUGUUUCCCCUUCGCAGUGGAUGGUAAUCCAGCCCCCACUAUUAGAUGGCUGUACAACAGCAUGCCACUCAGUGAGACCAAAUAUACCUACACCCAGCUGAUCACGGACCAGGGCGAUGGCUCCGUCCAGCACGGCUGCCUGUUCCUCAACAAGCCCACCCACCUCAACAAUGGCAAAUAUACACUCAUAGUGGAGAACAAAUAUGGCAGAGAUGAGGCCACGGCCAAUGGCAUGUUCAUGGACAAUCCUUUUGACCCGUUAGACCCAGAAGGCGUCAUUCUUGUGUCAAGCAAUACCCCGACAGUACCAACCAACCAGUCCACGGAGAAUGUCACAGAGAAGCUGGAAACCAGAUUGUUUGGGGUGUCUGUUGCUGUAGGCCUUGCUGUAUUCGCUUGCACAUUCCUCCUCAUCAUGGUGCUGGUCAUCAAUAAGUGCGGGCAGCACUCCAAGUUUGGCAUCCACCGGUCAUCUGUUCUAGGCACGGAAGAUGACCUCGCUGUCUCUCUGCGUUUUAUGAACUUCGGUGCCAGUCCUCCUUCCUCGGAUGAAGGCACACUGGACUCUGGGCUGUCCAGCUUUGUGGAGAACCCUCAGUAUUUCUGCGGCAUCAUCAAAGACAAGGACAUGUGUGUGCAGCACAUUAAGAGACAGGACAUCAUGCUGAAGUGGGAGUUGGGAGAGGGAGCCUUUGGCAAGGUUUACCUGGCUGAGUGCGCCAAUCUCUGUCCGGAUACAGACAAGAUGCUGGUGGCCAUUAAGACGCUGAAGGACGCCAACGAGUCAACUCGUCAGGAUUUCCAGCGAGAGGCCGAACUCCUGACCGUUCUCCAGCACGAGCACAUUGUCCGCUUCUACGGAGUGUGUACGGAUGGAGAGCCUCUCGCUAUGGUGUUUGAGUACAUGAGGCACGGUGACCUCAACCGCUUCCUCAGGGCUCAUGGUCCAGAUGCUCGGAUCCUGGAUGAGGUUAAGAUGCCCCCGACGGGUCAGCUGACUCUGCCACAGAUGCUCCAGAUAGCAGCCCAGAUUGCCUCGGGCAUGGUGUAUCUGGCCUCGCUCCACUUUGUGCACAGGGACCUAGCCACCAGGAACUGCCUGGUCGGGGAAGGUCUUGUGGUCAAGAUUGGAGACUUUGGAAUGUCCAGAGACAUCUACAGCACUGAUUACUACAGGGUUGGGGGCAGAACCAUGUUACCUAUUCGUUGGAUGCCACCUGAAAGCAUCAUGUACAGAAAGUUCACCACAGAGAGUGAUAUCUGGAGCUUUGGGGUUGUACUUUGGGAAAUCUUCACAUAUGGCAAACAGCCCUGGUACCAGUUGUCCAACAGUGAGGCGAUCGAGUGCAUCACGCAGGGCCGAGAGCUGGAGAGGCCACGGACGUGUCCCAAAGAGGUUCACCUCCUCAUGCAAGGCUGCUGGCAGAGGGAGCCACAGCAGCGCCUCGUCAUCAAGGACAUCUACAGCCGCCUUGUGGCCUUGGUCAAGAACCCUCCGGUCUAUCUGGACAUCCUGGAGUGAGGUGAGAUAAAGGCCCGGCCUGAAGCAGGUUUGGGUUGAAGAGAUGAAUCAUGUGGAACACUGGAAAUGGAGACAGAGCCAAAGGAACUGUAAAAAAAAGAAGUUUGUAUAGUAGAGCUCCCGCACUAACAUUGCUAUGCCACGCUUGGUCACUCUUCAAUGGAGCAUCCAUCAAGCCUUUAUUUUUGUGGGAAGGACAACGAUGGCGGUCAGCUAAGUGCAAUUCCUUCAAGUGUUCAGCAGUUCCGAGAAGCUCAAAUUCAUCCAGGAAUGAAGCGUCCAGGAAUAGUCGGAAUACAAAAGACCAGGUCCACUCCAUUCAAGCUUUUCUUUAAUCCAACCCGGGAGGAUGUCCGUAUUCAGUUAUUGUGUUUAACUCCUACAUUAUGUAAAAACGUAAUCAUCCUUUUACGUGAUCUUUUGGUGUCUUUGUCUUGUCAUAGAAAAAGUCGAGUUUGCAGUGUUUUCCAUGUCGUGCCAAGUCGAUUGCACUAUUUGAAACUUCACACCUCCCUUUGUCUUGCAAUUAUAAAUAAUAAGUGUAUUAUAUAGAGAUGUAUUAUGAGUGCACUGAAACUGCAUGUAUUGGUCUUUACUUAUUCUUAAAUGCCACCGCCGGUGCUUUGUGAGGCCCUGUAAUUACCUCUUCUCAGCAAACCUCCACGAAGCCCCUCUUUAUCAGAGUGCAUUUCGGAGAAUCAGACAUGACUGGGGAACAGAGAACAGCUUCUCGACGUGACGCUGCAUGUGAGAGCGUAGACGCUGUUAAUCAGAUAUUCAUGUCAGUGCCUACGCAUUAGUUAGUUCUGUCAAUUAUAUGUUUUUCCUUUCCAUUUAUUUGAGGUUAAUUUAACUUAUUUAACGUCUUAUAAACUACAUCAUAUAAGGAGUAGCAUUUAAGCACAGCAGGUUUGAUGAAAGAGCCAGUCGUACAAACACACUCAUUCUCAAUUAGCUGAUAUGAGAGACCAGUUCUCUGAAAUAUACGACGAAUCUGCCAUUCUUCAUUUUUGACUAAGAAGUUGUCAUUUUAAUACACAGUCAUAUGCAAAAAUUUGGGCUCCCCAGUCAAAUGACAUGUUUUGUUGAUUUUUUUCAGUGGAAAUAAGUUAAAACAUCUUGCAAAAUGUGGCACAUUUAAUAUUUUAUGUGUUUUCUUCUGACAAUAAAUAAAAACUGGGCACUAAAACUGACCAUUUUGAACUGCAGCGCAGUGGAUUUCAAAACUGGGGUCACAACCGGUUGGUGGACCACAGUUUGGGAGCAAGUGGGUCGAAUGAGUCGCCCCUGCCUCUAGAAAAAAAGACAACAUACUCUAAAUAAUAAUUCAUAUUGACACCACGCCGCAUCAAAAACAAGCAUGAGUUAGCCUAAUUAAUCAGCCAUGAUCAGAGUACAGUGCCUGAUCCAACUAAAUAUUAAAAUUAUUAUUACAAUAAAUAUUACAUGAUUUCAUUCAGUUCUAUUCAAUUCGAUUCAAUUCUAAUCAGUGUAGGCCUAUGUGUGCUUCUUUCUUUGAAAUGUUUGCCUUAUUUCUCUUUACAGAAUGUUGGGUGGGCCGCAGGGCAAACACUACCUCUAUAUGAGGGGCCUGGCAUGAAAAACAGACCCCCUGCUUUAGAGGAGCUUAUUUCCACACAGAAAAUCAACAAAAGAUCUUUUAAUGAGUGUCAAAUCUUUGCAUACAAGUGUUUAAAUUAACCAUUGUGAUGUUUGGUUAUUUGACUUUUUUACUGCAAAUUCUGAUAUAAUUAAAAUCUGCUUAUGAAUCUAAA